AGGAAACGAAGCCCAUGAAAUGCUACGAGCUACUUCAGACCUCUUCCAGCCUAAGGGGGAAGUCCGUUAGCAGAGCACGGACCAGUGUCUCCGGAGAAUGCUAUUCUCCUACAUUUCCGGACAGGUUAUCAACGGGCAGAUCGAUCACUGCCUCUGUCCCAUCGCUCCCUGAAGUAGCACUGACUCCGAUUCCUUGAAAGGGAGGUGUGCAGAAGUAAAGAUGGAGCCUACAGGGGAGCGCUUUCCUGAACAAAGGCAAGUCCUGAUUCUUCUUCUUUUACUGGAAGUGGCUCUGGCAGGCUGGGAACCCCGUCGCUAUUCUGUGAUGGAGGAAGCAGAGAGAGGUUCUUUUGUGGCUAACCUGGCCAAUGACCUAGGGCUGGGAGUGGGGGAGCUAGCUGAGCGGGGAGCCCGGGUAGUUUCUGAGGAUAAUGAACAAGGCUUGCAGCUUGAUCUGCAGACCGGGCAGUUGAUAUUAAAUGAGAAGCUGGACCGGGAGAAGCUGUGUGGCCCCACCGAGCCCUGUAUAAUGCAUUUCCAAGUGUUACUGAAAAAACCUUUGGAAAUAUUUCGAGCUGAACUACUAGUGAGAGACAUAAAUGAUCAUUCUCCUGAGUUUCCUGAAAGAGAAAUGACCCUGAAAAUCCCAGAAACUAGCUCCCUUGGGACUGUGUUUCCUCUGAAAAAAGCUCGGGACUUGGACGUGGGCAGCAACAACGUUCAAAACUACAAUAUUUCUCCCAAUUCUCAUUUCCAUGUUUCCACUCGCACCCAAGGGGAUGGCAGGAAAUACCCAGAGCUGGUGCUGGACACAGAACUGGAUCGCGAGGAGCAGGCCGAGCUCAGAUUAACCUUGACAGCGGUGGACGGUGGCUCUCCACCCCGAUCUGGCACUGUCCAGAUCCUCAUCUUGGUCUUGGACGUCAAUGACAAUGCCCCGGAGUUUGCACAGGCGCUCUACGAGGUGCAGGUCUCAGAGAACAGCCCAAUAGGCUCCCUAGUUGUCAAGGUCUCUGCUAGGGAUUUAGACACUGGGCCGAAUGGAGAGAUAUCAUACUCCAUUUCUUACAGCUCUCAGGAGAUAAACGAACCUUUUGAGCUAAGCAGCCUUUCAGGAGAAAUUCGACUAAUUAAAAAACUAGAUUUUGAGACAAUAUCCUCAUAUGAUCUAGAUAUAGAGGCAUCUGAUGGCGGGGGACUUUCUGGAAAAUGCUCUGUCUCUGUUAAGGUGCUAGAUGUUAACGAUAACUUCCCGGAACUAAGUAUUUCAUCACUUACCAGCCCUAUUCCCGAGAAUUCUCCAGAGACAGAAGUGGCCCUGUUUAGGAUUCGAGACCGAGACUCUGGGGAAAAUGGAAAAAUGAUUUGCUCAAUUCAGGAUGGUGUUCCUUUUAAGCUAAAACCGACUGUUGAGAAUUUCUACAGGCUGGUAACAGAAGGGGCGCUGGACAGAGAGAACAGAGCCCAGUACAACAUCACCAUCACCAUCACAGACUUGGGGACCCCAAGGCUGAAAACCGAGCACUGCAUAACCGUGCUGGUCUCCGACGUCAAUGACAACGCCCCCGCCUUCACCCAAACCUCCUACACCCUGUUCGUCCGCGAGAACAACAGCCCCGCCCUGCACAUCGGCAGCGUCAGCGCCACAGACAGAGACUCAGGCACCAACGCCCAGGUCACCUACUCGCUGCUGCCGCCCCAGGACCCGCACCUGCCCCUCGCCUCCCUGGUCUCCAUCAACACAGACAACGGCCACCUGUUCGCCCUCCGAUCGCUGGACUACGAGACCCUGCAGGAGUUCGAGUUCCGCGUGGGCGCCACAGACCGCGGGUCCCCAGAGCUGAGCAGCGAGGCGCUGGUGCGCGUGCUGGUGCUGGACGCCAACGACAACUCGCCCUUCGUGCUGUACCCGCUGCAGAACGGCUCCGCGCCCUGCACCGAGCUGGUGCCCCGGGCGGCCGAGCCAGGCUACCUGGUGACCAAGGUGGUGGCGGUGGACGGCGACUCGGGCCAGAACGCCUGGCUGUCGUACCAGCUGCUCAAGGCCACGGAGCCCGGGCUGUUCCGCGUGUGGGCGCACAAUGGCGAGGUGCGCACCGCCAGGCUGCUGAGCGAGCGCGACGCGGCCAAGCACAGGCUGGCGGUGCUGGUCAAGGACAAUGGCGAGCCUCCGCUCUCGGCCACCACCACGCUGCACUUGCUACUAGUGGACGGCUUCUCCCAGCCCUACCUGCCUCUCCCAGAGGCGGCCCCGGCCCAGGCCCAGGCCGACUCGCUUACCGUCUACCUGGUGGUGGCGUUGGCCUCGGUGUCUUCGCUCUUCCUCUUGUCGGUGCUCCUGUUCGUGGCGGUGCGGCUGUGCAGGAGGAGCAGGGCGGCCUCGGUAGGUCGCUGUUCGGUGCCCAAGGGCCCCUUUCCAGGGCAUCUGGUGGACGUGAGCGGCACCGGGACCCUAUCCCAGAGCUACCAGUACGAGGUGUGUCUGACAGGAGGCUCUGAAAGUAAUGAUUUCAAGUUCUUGAAGCCUAUAUUACCCAAUAUUCUGAGCCAGGACUCUAGGAGGAAAUCAGAAUUUCUAGAAUAAUACUGAUCUGGAAUACCUUGAGAAGAGCAUUACUUCCAGUUAUCAGCAUAGUCACCAAAAAGUCAAGAAAAAUCUACCAUGAUACAUAAAUGAUGAUGCCUCAAACAAUUUUAGAAAUCUACAGCUACAAAUACACAAAAUCCCAGAGUCGGUUGUAUUUGUGUGUGUGCAUUUGCGCCUGUAUAUUUGUGUGUCUCUGGUGGGUGGCUUUAGUAGACAGUGGCAAUAAACUGCAGAGAUAAAUACCAGAGUAACAUUGCUUUUCCAAAACUUUUCCACAUUAAGGUUUUUUCUUUAAUCUGUGAAUGUAUGUAAUAAAGUUAGCAUUAGCAACAUACUGUAGAAUAGUUUAUAUUUUCAAAUGAAAGGAAAUUAUUUCUUGCAUAUGGAACAAUCCCAACAUUAUUGGAUUUAGAAUUUUCGUGACAUUCUGGUCUUGAAGGAGCAGCCCAGGAGAAGGAGCUGUGAAGUAGACAUGGUAACUUUUCUCCCAGUGAGAUCAGGAAACAAUAAAGUUAAUAAUAGGAUCUGACAGGAUGAGGGUGAGGUUUUAGUGUGGCAAGUGUGCAAGGGCAGGGUGGUUCCUGUGUUUACUUAAAAUUUCAUAUUGUUUCUCAUGGGUGUUUACAUUAAAUUUUAAUUUUUACAAUAUUGCAACAAAUAGUAUUUAUCUCCAAGUUUUGGGAUAAUGACUUAAAAUUUGCAUCUCAGUUACUUGCUUCACCUUUGUCCCAGUUGUUGGUUGUUUCCAACUUGCAAGUUCAAAUGACCAUCACUAUGGUAACAGUGAUGGCUACAGCCGUGGAAUUCGAGCAAAGAAAUCAGAAGCAAGUCCUAUUCCAAAUACGGAGUGGCAGGAGCAACGGUGGAAGAAUACAAAGACAUCUCAUGAGCUGGAGUCCUGCAGACUGGGAAUGGAACAGCACCUGUGUGAUCAUGAUUGUCCAGGAAAAUUGUUUAUAAGUUUUUCCUCCAGGUGACAUGCAGCUAAGUCAGUUGUGCUAAUUUUGUUGAGAAUUUGUGCAUCUAUGUUCAUGAGAGAUGUUGAUCUACAAUUUUUUUUCUUGUAAAACUCUUGUCAGGGUUUAGUUUCUGGUCUCAUCAAAUGACCUGGCAAUUGUUUCCUCCUCCUCUUCUUUUAAGAAAGAGUUUAUGUAAGAUAGUUAUUAUUUCUACUUCAUGUAUUUUAUAGAAUUUACUGCAAAACCCAACCGUGAAUGACAUUUUAUUUGUGGGAAGAUUUUGAAUUGCACACUCAAUUUCUUAAAUAAAUAUGCUGCAAUUCUAA